AUGGAGGACACCGAGGAGAGGAGCGAACUGGGGCCGUGGGUUGAUUUGUCCAAGCCCGGUGCGGCGUCGCCUUUCCCGGCUUCGCGCUCAGUGGACCAGGACGAGGGCGGCUCGCCUCUCUCGCCUUUCUCGUCUCGGGCCGUCGCACGCAGCGCGCUGUCUUCCGACCGCGGCCGCUUCUCGCCUGGCGCCUUCUCAGACGACGCCGAGGUGCGGGUCGAAAAUCUGGAGAAGGCGCGGCUCUCCAAGGAGGAUCUGUGGGGCGACGCGGAAGGCCAAACGUUGCGGCAAAGCGGCCGCGUUUCGGCCGGAAAGUCAGCGGCAGACCUGAGACGCGAAGGCGAGAAAGACGGAUUAUCGGCAGAGAGAAGCUCGGCAGGCAACCCGUGUCAGCGCUCCCAGGGAUCGCCCCGCGCACCGAACGCUCCCCGCAUGCAGAACGAGGGCCGUCUGGCUUCGUCCCCACCUGCGUCCGGUUCCAUGGGAAAAGCGAGCGUGAGAAGCACGGCGCAAGCGCCGCGUUCCUGCUCUUCGCCGUCACUCGCGUUCGACGCCCCGCCGAGCCAGCGAGGUGAGGCCUCCUGUGCGCUGGCCCCUCGAAGUUCAUCUCUGUCCAAUCCGUGUGCUCCCUCGCCGUCUCUCUCGUCUUCUUUCUCCUCCUCGGAUUUGUUCGCGUCGUCGGGGCUGUUCUCUGACGCGGCGCCUCUCGCAAAGGCUGCGACUUUGCCGCCCGCGGCCUCGGCCCCGUCUCUCUCGCGCCUCGCGUCUUCUGCCGACUCGAAACUCUUCGCGUUUGACUUCACCUACACGCGGUCGGGCUUCCACCGCCGCGUCCUCGCUCCGCCGCACCCGUCUGCCGCGACUCCCCUGACGCACGCCGCCCCUGCGCCGCGCAGUUCCCCAGCCGCGCCGCGCAGUUCCCCAGCCGCGCCGCGCAGUUCCCCAGCCGCGCCGCGCAGUUCCCUAGCCGCGCCGCGCAGUUCCCCGGCCGCGCCGCGCAGUUCUCCAGCCGCGCCGGGCUACCUCUCGCUCUCCUCCUAUCCGCAGUCUUCCCGCGGCGCACCCCCCGCCGACCCCGCGACGCUCGCGCGCUGCUCCACCCACUCCUUCCCUCAGCCGCCAGGACACGCGCCGACCCCGCACCGCCAACUCGCCUACGCCGCCUUCUUCGACAACGCCGCCCCCACAAAGGCCCUCACCUCCACAAAGGCCCUCGCCAGCGACGGCGAAGACGAGAGGAGCGGUGCGGGCGAGGAGAGUUCGAAGCAACGGACGCUGAGGCGCGUCGCGAGCGCCGCGGCGGAUGGCGCAGACGAAGAAGUCGCCGAACCCGCGCACUUCGGAGAUUUGCAGGUUCUCGUGGACAUCGACGACACCGUUCGGUCGAGCGGAGGCGUGACUUUCCUCUCCGUCUCCCUCGGCGGGAUCGACACGCAGUACGAGCGAGGCGCCUUCUACCCCGGCUGCUUCCAAUUUCUCUUUGAGUUGGCGGUCCACGGCCUCCGCGGCAAUCAACGUCCUCUCUCCCUCGGAGUGCUGACUGCACGAAUUCCGCAGGUUCCGAUCACAGCCGACAGCGUUUUGAAUCAGAAACUCCGAGAGACAGCGCUUCGCCGCGGGAUCCGUGGCUGGGGGAUUGACUGCAAAAACAAGGUGCUCUACUCAACCUUGAACGAAUGGAUUUUUCCGAGUGAGAAAGGCAAGCGGAAAUUCGAGAAUCUUCUUCUCCUCCAUUCCAAGUUGUCUGCCACGCAUCCCAACAUCAAAUACGUGUGGAUCGGCGACACCGGCGAGAUGGACCGGCACGCAGGCGAGAUGAUGGCUCGGCAAAUGCCCAACACCCUGAAGGCGAUUUUCCUCCACUACGUCGGAGACUACGGGCGCAACUCGAAAUUGCCUCAAGACUACUUCGUCAACGGCGUUCCCACUGUCUUCUUCAGGACGUACAUUCGAGCGGCACGGCGCGCAGUGGAUUUGGGCCUUCUGGAGAAGAAGGCUCUUGCCCGCACAAUGGUCCAGGCAGUCGCCGAUUUGGACGCGAUGCAAAACACGCCUUCGGUGUCGACGAAGUGGAGGGACAUUAUCUUCGACAUUCGGGAUGCAGAAGAGCUUGUCCCUCUCAAGGGCGCGACGCUUCCGCCUCUGGUGCGCACUCGCGAAAUUCUGCAUCGGAGGAUCACGGAGAUCAAAGGCGCGUUGCAACGUUUCCGAGCGAAACGGGGUGUCUCGACAGGCCAGGCGCAGGCCUCGACGGGGGACGGGAAGCCCUCGCCGGAGCCGUCGAGCCCGCAGACUGCUCACGCGACUCCGAAGAAAGGCGGCUCUUCUUCCUCGCUGGCGCUGUACGAGGCGCGGCAAAGAGGAGAAGCGCGUGUCCCGGAGAGCCUCGCGAACCGUGCGGCUGUCCAUCAGCGAGAGCGAGAGCGAAGAGGCAACAGGCGAAGUUUCGGCGAAAAGGAGAAGGUUGGAGAAAACUUCGACGUCCUUGCGCCGGCGGCCACGCUCUCCGCCGCGGAGUCUUCCGACGCCGGAGCCGGCCGAGCUGCCGAGGAUCUUCGGCGUCACCAAGAAGGAUCUUCCUCUUCGUCUUCUCUUCCGCCUGGUUCCGGCGAGCCUCUUGAGGAAGAAGCGUCGUGGGUGGAGGUUCGGUUUGACCCUGAGACUGGGCGCUUCCCGGUGUUGCAGCCUUCCGAGAGGCAGCGGGAAGGCAGCUGGCGGUCCAGGAAAGACACAGGUCCAGAGCAGUCGCAGCCUUUCUACAAAACGCUGUUGCAUGCGUCGGAGUCUUCUGGAGACGUGAGUUGCGAGGCGCGCUCUGGGGACCAGGAAGGCGCAGAGGGGAGCGCAGAGGCUCGAGGGAAGGACCUGGAGGAGCGGCGAGAAAGGCACAGGAGAGAGCGAGAAGAGGCUGAAAAUCCGUGGUGGGACGACGCGUGUGGGGGGGCGGGGCGCGAAGCGCGCAUAAGCCAGCGGCAGGAAGGAAGAGAGGACAAACGUUCAGGACAGAAAGCGCACGCAGACGACAUCGAACUUCUCGACCUCGCUCCGAAAAGCGAAGAGCCGGGUCGCACCGCCACAGCCGAGAAACAACUGGGAGAGGGAAACCCGCACGACGGAGAAAGCAGGGGAGAAAUAAAGGGGCGGGAUUCUGAUUCUGGAAACCCAUCCCUCACGCCGCGUCGUCUUCUCUCUGGAGGCUCCACGCCUGUCGAGCCUCGUCCAGCUGCUGCCGUUGCGACGCCUUCGCGUCCGCGUUCUGUCUCUUCUUCGCGCAGACCCUCGCCGCCUGGCGGGGAGGGAAGAGCGGCGUCGCUUCGCGACCAGAGAGACAGCCGUCGAGAAGCGGAGACCGCGGGAGCGAGGCAGAGGACGGGCGAGGGGAGAGAAAUCGCGGAGACGAGCUUCAUCGAGGAGUGGAAAGAACUCCCGAAACGGGAAAUAAGUUCAGAGAGAAGACUGGCGAGAACAGACCAGCCGCCUGACCUCCUCUCGUAG